AGAGGGCAGUGUGCUCUAGAAUUCGCCUGUGAAAGCAUCGGGACGCGCUUCGCUGAAAUGGACAAUCAAGCUUCGGCAGAACAAACUUCGACAUACAUAUGUAUGCAUAUGUUCAGUACUAAAAAUUCAGCUGAAGCCAGUAAUAAUAUAAAGUAGAGAUCUGAUGUAGCAAUACAACAUUAUAAUUUUUAUACCACGAAACUAUACUUAUUUAUUCACAGUUGUCAUGCUACCUUUAUGGAUGUAUCUGCUGGUUCUUAUAGCGCUCAUCAGCUAUCUACGCUUGCUGCACUCUUAUCGCUACUUUCGACGGCACAAUUUGCCCUAUUUGCCGGUCUCCUUCUGGACGCCUUUAGGGCAUUUGAAGAAGCUGCUGUUUCUGCGCAUAUCCUUUGGAGACCUCUUUGAAAAAAUUUAUGCCAAUGAGCGUAUUAGGGAGGAGAAGUGCGCUGGUUUCUUUAUCUUUCAGACGCCCGCACUCAUUCUAAGGGAUCCAAAGCUAAUACACCUUGUGCUGAUCAAACAAUUCGAUAGCUUCUUGAAUCGCUAUGAAGCCGCUGAUGCUGUUAAUGAUGUGAUGGGAUCACUCACUCUCCCUUUGGCCAAGUACCAUCAUUGGCGGGAGAGUCGUCAGUGCAUGUCCCAACUGUUUACCAGCGGUCGGAUGAAAAAUCACAUGUACCCACUGUUACAGCAAGUGUUACAAGAUCUGGAGCUACAUCUCCAGCGGAAAAUGGGUGCAGAAACGCAGCGUGUGCUCCCGCUUGGCGAAAUGUGCCAACUAUAUACAACAGAUGUAACGGGUAAGCUCUUCUACAGCUCAGAUGUGGGUGGACUGCGGUAUGGUUAUUCUCCACUGCGACAAGAGGCAAAGAAACUCUUUAAGCCCAGCUUGAUGAAGGUGUUGCAUUUUAUGAGCAUCUUCUUUCUGCCCCACUGGGCGGCACAUUGGCGUGCUAAGGUGUUUUCCAAGCAGUAUUCGAAGUUCAUGAGACAGCUUGUGUCUCGGCACUCUGAUCACCAUCAAGGUGAUCUUAUCCAUCUGUUAAAGCAACUGCAACUUAAUCGACCCCACAAUCAUUAUGUUCAGCACGCUGAUUUCAUUGCCUCCCAGGCUGGAAUUAUUUUGCUAGCAGGAUUUGAGACAUCCUCCGCACUGCUGGGAUUCACUCUCUAUGAACUGGCCAAGCAGCCGCUAUUGCAGCAGCGGCUAAGAGAAGAGUUGGGCAAGGCCUUUCGCGAAGCUUCCCACUCAAAGUUAAGCUAUGAAAUGGCAGUUUCAUUGCCGUACUUGAAGAUGAUUUGCCUGGAGGCAUUGCGUCUGUAUCCCGCCGCCGCCUUUAUCAAUCGUGAGUGCACGACAAACCAAAGUGAAGGAUUCUCCCUGCAACCACAUGUGGACUUUGUGAUACCCGCAGGCAUGCCAGCUUAUAUCUCCAUAUUAGGGUUGCACCGCGAUGCCAAGUACUGGCCCAAUCCUCUGCACUUCGAUCCAGAACGAUUUGCCCCGGAGCGGCUAAAGAGCAUUGUGCCCAUGACGUAUAUUCCCUUUGGAGCUGGUCCACAUGGCUGCAUUGGAAGUCGUCUCGGUAUGUUGCAACUUAAGUUGGGUGUUGCCCAAAUUUUAAGAUUGCAUCGUGUGGAGAUCUGUGAGAAAACUGUGCCCAACAUUCGCUUUAAUCCGAAAACAUUUAUGCUGGAGUCCAUGGACGAGAUAUACUUACGAUUCUGUAGAGAUCCUUGCUAAAUACACUAUAUUUACGUUACACUAUAUUACGUUAUAAAUAAACUAUUUACAAACUUUUUACAGUCAUGUCUAACUUCACAUUUCAGCUAUGAAAAUCGAAAGUUUGCGAAAUUACCAGACAUGCAAGGCCAAAGUAUUACGAUAGUAAAUAGUAGCUACUUACACAAUAAAAAAGCUUAAUAACUCAAUUAUUAUAAAUACAAUUCGAAGUGAUACAAUCGACUGGAAUUCAAUGUAAGAUACUAGGCUCAGUAUGUAUCUAGAGUGUCAUACGAGUGAAAGAAUAUAGCGUAAUAUCAAGAGGUACUUCAAAUUAUCAGAAUGGAAAGAAAACCGUUUUCAAAUA